CCAUACCGACGUUUUUUCUGUGUUUACAAAUUUAUACGUACUUCCGUUCAAAACAAACGUUUUUGAAAAGUGUUGUUGUCACUUUGUUAGCCUAUAUUUACAGUUCAAACACGAUGAGUAGUAUAGUAGUUUGUCAUAUAACAAGAAAAACGUAUUUCACAGACAUCAAUCAUUUGGUUUUACCAGCUACAGACUGUUAUCUUACUUGCAAUGGACACAUUUUAACAGAAAAAGCUGAACUUGAAAAUGGACAAGUUUACCAUGUUGUACCAAGACUUGUUGGGGGCAAGGGAGGAUUUGGUUCUAUGUUGCGUGCUAUUGGAGCACAAAUUGAGAAAACAACAAACCAUGAAGCUUGCAGAGAUAUUAGUGGCAGACGAAUGAGAGAUGUUAAUAAUGAGAAAAAAUUAAAAGAAUGGAUCGGACAAAAGGCAGAAAAGGACAAACAACGUGAGAUAGAAAAACAGGAGAGAAGAGAGAGAAGAAGGGCAUUACCAAAUCACAAAUUUGAAGAUGAAACUUAUCAUGAACAGAGGAAAAAAGUAGCAGAAAAUCAAGAGGAUGCAAUUUUGCAGGGUCUUCAAAAAGUGAACAAGACAAUACCAUCUUGUACAGUAACUUCAGAAACAGCUACAACUAGUGGUGUUAAGAGAAAAACAACAGGAAAUGAUUCAGGACCUACUGUAAAAUCAGCAAAGCAAACAGAAUGGUUAGGAAUUGACAUUGAUAACCUCAGUGACCUUGACUCUGAUGAGGAUUCAGAAACCUCUUUACCAGGACAGGGAGAGAGUUCUCCAUUAUCCAGUAAUGAAGAUAGUUGUGAUCCCUACCCCCAAACCGAUGACAUUAGUAAACAACAGGAUACGCAAGACAAUUUAAACAUGAGUGAACACAAACACAUGUGUGAAAGAGAAAGUAAUCAGGAAAAUAAGGAAGCAAAGAUCCUUAUUAAAGAUAUGCAAAAGACAGAAAUAGAUGAAAAACCAGAAAAAGAAGAUGUUAAAAAGGGUUCCAUUACACAGAGUGAAUCAUCAGUGGGAUUACUAGAAUCCAUGAAGAAGGUACCACCUCAGAUUAAAAAGGAAGAGGUUAAAGAAACACGUAUAAAGGAUGAACAAGUACAGGGACCAGUAAAUCUGGACGAUUUCACUUCAAUAGAAGACCUUCAAGCUCUUGGUUUAGAUCGUCUGAAGCUUGCAUUAAUUGACAGAAAAAUGAAAUGUGGUGGAAAUCUGGAACAAAGAGCUGAGAGGCUUUUUUCUGUAAAAGGCCUUACAGAGGAUCAAAUUCCACCAUCUCUCCUGUCAAAACCAAAUAAAAAGAAAUGAAAAUUGACAGAAUUGUCAGUUGAAGGAAAAAAAUAGCAUUUUUUUUUAUAAAACAUGUAAAAUAUAUUUUAAUUGAAAAUUUUUUUUUUACUGAAUUUGCUUAUAAUUGUAAUAUUCAUAUCAGAUUUGAAAAUUAAAGAUUAUCAAAU